AUGUCGAAGAGGAGAACGCUUUUCACUAUUGUUUUCCUUGUCCUAUUAUUUUUAAUACCGAUGUAUUUUCUAAGAAGAAGAACAGCAAUAGUGUGUGGAUUAAGAAACCACCAUAACGUGUGUUACAUCAAUUCUGUUCUUCAAUCUUUGUUUUCUUGUGAAUCAUUUACUGCAAUGCUUGAGUCAUUAGAACCAAAGAAUAACACAGUAAUGUACCACAUAAAAAAUCUCUGGAAUGACAUGAAAGACAAUGACUCACUGAACAGGCUUGAAUUGUACAGUAAACUCGCAACAAUGAGUGACUCGCUCUUCAAAUAUGACAAUAAACCAGGAUUCACGGAAAAUUUUGUCGAGUUUAUCGCUAUUAACCUGGAGAAAGAGAUAGAGACAGAUAUUUUUUUAGAUGAGGAAAAUUUCAAGAAGAACAAGAGCGAAUCGUUUUUUCUCAAGAAAUCUGCGCGGCAUAUUAUUCUUGUGUCGAAGAAACAUAUUAACAAGGACUCCUAUUUAGAAUCAAUUCAAAAUUUUGUUGAGGACAAUGAUUUUCUACUUCCGAAAAUACUCAUAAUAAGCGCGGAGCCCGUCUAUAGAAACAAACAAAUUUUGGAACCAAGUGAAAAACUGGUUUUGAAAAAUAAGACUUAUGAGCUACGUGCGAUUAUCUUAAGAAAAAGAAAGAAAAAUAACAAAGGACAUUUUUACACCAUGGGAAAACGGAAUAACAGUUGGUUUGAGUUUAACGAUGAAAAGUUACGAAGUUUACACGAUAAGAACUUUUUACAGACCGACUUGACAUACCUUCUAUUUUAUGAAUAA